AUGAAGAUAAUUAUAUAUAUUUGCAUUUGGGCAGCUGCAUGGGCCAUUCCGGUUCCUCAGAUAAUACCGUUGGAAAGACGCCUGGUCGAAGAGUCUGUGCCUGUACCUCUUGUAGCACAUUCAAGAACUGCAGCACAGAAUGAGUUACAUAUCGGUAACACCCCUGAAGACAGCAGCGACCCCCCAAAUGGGAGCGAAGUAGGACAGCAGCUACAUACCAAGGACAGUUACAACAGAGAAGGGAACGGCUCGGAGCCGGUAGAUGUGGGAGGGAAGAAUUUCACAAAGCCCAUUUUAGCAAACGAGCAGGGGAACAGUGCAGAUGAAAACGAGAAUGUAGAAACAUAUGCUCACGGUGGGAUCCAUGCACACCGAGAGAAUAGCACAGCCAAUGGCCUCAGGGGCCAAGUGAACCUCACUGAAAACGGGGAAGCGAAGGAGAGUGACAUAAAUGGACAUGCUGACGACCAGGGCACAAAAACUGUGGGUGCUAGCAAUGUGAGCCAGAGUGGAGAUGCUGCCUUUGUCCAGGAAAAUGGACCCCAAGUAGCUGGAAGCGAAAACAGUACAAACAAUGAAGUUGGAAUACAUGAGGGUGGGGUUCCUACACAGGAAACAGCACCUCAGGGAGAAGGGGAGGGAAGUGAGAACAAGGGGGCUGAGGUGACACCAGGCAUCGGGGAAGAUGGUUUCCACAAUACUGAUGAGGGUCCUAGUGGGGAUGGGGAAGAAGAGGAUGAAGUCACAGGCUCUGGGGAUGAUGAGGGCACAGGAGCAGAAGAUGGAAAGGGAGGCCAUGAUGACAGUAAGGGACAGGAGGGCCAGUCACAUGGGGGAGAACAUGGCAGCAGAGGUCAGAGUUCAGUCAGUAGUGAAGACGAUUACUCUAACGAGAAAGAAAACUCCCCAAAUGGACAUGACGGCAACAACACCUCCAGCAGCGAGGAGAACGAUGGUACUGAAGAAGGCAAUGGUAGCCCAGCAAUGCAAGAAAACCAGAAGCUCACUCACAAAGACAACAGAGGUACAGGAAGUGGAAUCACCAGCCCAUCAGAAGCAUGUCCCCCUGGGAAGAGCGAAGAUCAGGGAAUAGAAGUGGAAGGUCCCAAAACAGGCAACAAAAGCAAUAUUACCAAAGAGUCUGGGAAGCCCAGUGAGAAUAAAGACAGCCACGGAUCCCACGGGAUGGAAGUGGACAAGAGAAACAGCCCAAAGCAAGGGGAGUCUGACAAGUCCCAAGGAGCUGCUGAGAAACCAGAAGCCGUCCGUAAAGCAGGGCACAGCAAGAUCAGCAGCGGCAGCAAUAGUGACUUGGGCGACAGUUAUGAUUUUGAUGAUGCAUCGAUGCAAGGAGAUGACCCCAACAGCAGUGAUGAAUCUAACGGAAGUGAUGAUGCUGACUCGGAGAGUGAAAAUGAGAGCGACAGCCAUGGGGAUGCUUCUUACAGCUCUGACGAGUCAACUGAUAAUGGUGAUGACAGUGACUCCAAUGGGGGAGAGGGUGACAGCAGUGAUGCUGACGACAGUGACAGCAAUGGUGAUGGUAAUAGUGAGAGUGAUGACAAGGACCAGUCGGAAAGCAGUGACCAUGACAACAGCAGUGACAGUGAGAGCAACCCAGACAGCAGUGACAGCAGUGACAGCAGCGACAGCAGCAGUGACAGCAGCGACAGCAGCAAUGAUAGCAGUGACAGCAGUGACAGCAGCAGUGACAGUAGCAGCGACAGCAGCAGUGACAGCAGCAGUGACAGCAGUGACAGCAGCAGCGACAGCAGUGACAGCAGCAAUGACAGCAGUGAUAGCAGUGACAGCAGCAGUGACAGCAGUGACAGCAGCAGUGACAGCAGUGACAGCAGCAGUGACAGCAGUGACAGCAGCAGUGAUAGCAGCGACAGCAGCAGUGAUAGCAGCGACAGCAGCAGUGAUAGCAGUGACAGUAGUAACAGCAGUGACAGCAGUGACAGCAGUGACAGCAGCAGUGAUAGCAGUGACAGUAGUAACAGCAGUGACAGCAGUGACAGCAGUGACAGCAGCAGUGAUAGCAGUGACAGUAGUAACAGCAGUGACAGCAGUGACAGCAGCAGUGAUAGCAGUGACAGCAGCAGUGACAGCAGUGACAGCAGCAGUGAUAGCAGUGACAGCAGUGAUAGCAGUGACAGCAGUGACAGCAGCAGUGACAGCAGUGACAGCAGUGACAGCAGCAGUGAUAGCAGUGACAGCAGUGAUAGCAGUGACAGUAGUGACAGUGACAUCAGCAGUGAUAGCAGUGAUAGCAGCAGUGACAGCAGCAGUGAUAGCAGUGAUAGCAGUGAUAGCAGCAGUAAUAGCAGUGAUAGCAGUGAUAGCAGCGACAGCAGCGACAGCAGUGAUAGUAGUGACAGUGACAGCAGCAGUGACAGCAGCAGUGACAGCAGUGAUAGCAGUGAUAGCAGUGAUAGCAGCAGUGACAGCAGCAGUGACAGCAGUGAUGGUAGUGACAGCAGUGACAGUGAUAGUAGCAGUGACAGCAGUGACAGUGACAGCAGCAGUGACAGCAGUGAUAGUAGUGACAGCAGUGACAGUGAUAGUAGCAGUGACAGCAGUGACAGUGACAGCAGUGAUAGCAGUGACAGCAGUGACAGUGACAGCAGCAGUGAGAGCAGUGAGAGCAGUGAGAGCAGUGAGAGCAGUGACAGUGACAGCAGCAGUGUCAGCAGUGACAGUGACAGCAGUGACAGUGACAGCAAGUCCGGUAAUAGCAAUGAUGACAGUGAUAGCGACAGCGACAGUGAAGGCAGUGACAGUAACCACUCCACCAGUGAUGAUUAGAGCAGAGAGCACCCCACGGGGGCCUUUGCAUGGACGUUUGGUGAGUGAAGAAGGAGAGAAGAUUCCUAACCCAGUAACAGGAGAGAACAGAACAGAAGAGCUCGCAGGGAAUCAAGCCAGGCUCAGAGUGGGAGCCAAGACCCAUCUCUCUCGGAGAGAAUCUGCUGCACAACCUUCGGUGCACUUGUGUUAGAAUGUUCAUGUCCAGAAAUAUUUAUUAACAAAGUAUAACUCUAAACAUAAAACGAUUAAACAGAAGCUCAACAAUCACUCUGCAGUUUGAAUGGCGGGGGCUGUAGUGAGCAGGGCGAGCAGACGCCUACAGCAGCCUUCACCGCACUGCUCGGAGCGGAGAGCCCUUGUCUCUGCUAGGGAGAUGCUGUCCUGUGCCGCUCAACUCAGCCACUGUUUCAUUCACUUGUCCCAGGGGAAAACAUAUUUGUAACAUGAGCCAAACACUGUAGCCACUACUGGCCCUUUCCAAGGGUUGGGGUAAUCUCUGUCAUGAGAGCAUAGUUACAAAUUAGGAAAGUUCUCAAGAGUGAGUGAGGAAGGAGCUCUGAGCAUGGCAUCUGACAGGCACGUUACAGUUCUGUGAAGGACAGAAACCAGCAAAGUGCCCCCUUACAGUUCUUCGAAGGACAGAAAAGAGCGAAGUGCCCUUUGCCCCUUGUAGUCUUUUGAACAGCAUCUUGCUUCCAGCAGCUGCUUCCAAAUCUUCAGUAAAUGAGGGACACAGAUGGACGCUUUCGGGAGGUGGGGUUGUAUUCCAGGUUCUACGUGCUCCCCUGUGCUACUAGCUGUCUUCAAAUUAGUCCCACAGCUCCAACUAGGGUCACAGUUUAAUCAAGAAUUGUGAGGGUGUGUGAGGGCACAGUGACCUGCUGUGGGGUCCAGGGCAUGCUUGAGAGUAAGAGUUGGUGAGAAUAAACCACACCGAGACAUGAGGUGUGAAUGGGGAUUGUCCUAAGGAAACCUCAGCCCCUAAGCCUUAUGGGUGCUUUGCCAUUUUGCUAUUUUCCCACGUGAGCAGUUAUGCCAGAUCUGGGCUAAAUCAAAGCUCUUGACUACAUUAUGACAAUAGCGGACUCUAUUCUCACGUCAGGCUUAUUUCCCCAGGGUUUCAGGAGAGUUCCUUUUUCCUUGGUGCUCACUUCCUUUUGCAAGUUUCUUAGUUAAGAAAUAUUGCCGGAGGCUUUCACUGCUGCCGUCUGUAAACUGCUAACAUGUAAAACGCCAGGCUUCUGUGUGGCCAUGACACGACUCCAGACCUUUUACCGGAAGGCAACGGCUCAGGCUCUGACAUCUGUUAGACUGCAGACUUCCCUUUGUUUGCUUUGACUUGUGGAGCACCUGCCUCUAGUACCUGUCACACCUACUCCCUGAGGUUAUGCUGAUCACUACGCAGCGGAUAGAAAACUCAUUGUAAACUGUGUAAGAAAUGCAAAUGAAGAG